CGUUGGGUGUGGGGCCUCUGUGGUGGUCCUGAUGUGCCCCAUGCCGCAUUGUCUGUAUCUACAGUCAACACAGAGAGCCACGGCGUGGGGAUCAAGCAGAGUCAGCUCUCUGUGAGCUCCCAUAUUGUACAAGAGGAUGAAUUAUUGAAAGCUGUGCGAAAUAGCGAAUCAUUACGCUUAACUUUUACCCUACAUUUGACGGAAAGCACAUCCGUCGAAUGGGAAACAGUAGUAUGGCGACGUUGUCUUUACAUUCGUGUGCCAAGCUGUCUUUUACCCGAAGGUUCGAAAGAAGGCUUCGUUUCUCUCCUAGAAUAUGCCGAAGAAACACUACGAUGUACAAAUAUCAUUGUUUGCCUGCGUAAAGACAAAGCAGACCGAGCAAUGCUGGUUCGUACCUUCAUGUUUUUGGGCUUCAGUGUUCUACCGCCGACUCACUCCUUGGUUCCACCAGGCAGUGAUGCUGGCAAUCUCUACAUGCUCUAUGUCAUCGAGUAAUCAACCAGAAGCUCGACUUCUCUUUCAAAUUUAACGCACAGGAGCGAACAUUGAAUGAAAAAAACGUAUAUAUACAACAACCAUCAGCGUGAAAGAGAAAUCACAAUCUAUAAACCCUAAAUUGUAAAUGAAAUAGUUCUUUUCUUUUGAUUCCUUUAUUAGUUUUUAUUGUGUUUAUUACUAAGAUAUCAUAAGUUUAUAGGAGUUGCAUAAAAGAAUAUAUAGAAAUUACAUCUUUUGAUUUCAUUACUUACUACAAUUAUAAACCAAAUUAUUGCAUUAAAAAUUAACAAUAUCGAAACAUGUGAAGUAUGUAAAUUAUAUCAAAGAUAACGUUUUCAGCACUAUUAUACACCUUGGCGUUAAAUUUAAGAGGAAUAUGUUCAUAUGUAGACGUACAUAUAUGUAUAUAUAUGUGCGUGCGUGCGUGUAGAGAGAGUGAGAGUGAGUGUUGGGGGGGGGGGGGGGGGGGUGAAAGAUAUGUACGGAGCGAUACGGAGAAGCCAAGAACAAAGCGAAACUGAUAGUCGGGUAUAUGUAGAUCAUCAACAUAACAGGCUGUGGGCAGAAAUGUCGAUUCAUUCUCUUGAAUACAAUGUUAAGAGCAUUAAACAGCUGACGAAGCUUCCCACGUAAAAAAAAUUUGACGUUCUUUAAGGUUUAAAAUAUAUAAACCUAUAAGACGUCAAAUUGUGUAAAAGGUUUAUUACUAAUAAAUCACAAUGUUAAUUGUAUCAAAAAGGGUUUUACCGCGUUUUAUUCUGUAUUAUU